UCUCAAGUACGCAUAUCGGCCAUUAGGGUGGUUGGCCCUUGGAGCCGUGGCCGUUGGCAUUUUCCCCGUUGCUUUGAAAUGUUUUGCGUCUAUUCGGAAUUUCAGGUUUCAUGACAUCAACAUUCUUGUUAUCAUUGCCGGACUAUACAGAAGCUGCCUCGAUUGUCUUUCUGUUCACCAUUGCAGAGUGGCUCCAGUCUUCUGCAGGUUACAGGGCAAAAGCAGUGAUGUCGUCGUUGAUGAGCAUGGCGCCCCAAAAAGCAGUCUUAGCAGAGAGUGGAGAAGUUGUGGAUGUUGAUGAGGUUAAGUUGAACACAAUUCUUGCUGUUAAGGCUGGCGAAACUAUACCGAUUGAUGGAAUAGUUGUUGAAGGAAAAGCUGAAGUGGAUGAGAAAACACUAACUGGAGAAUCCUUUCCAGUUGCCAAAGAAAAGGACUCCACUGUUUGGGCAGGCACUAUCAAUCUUAAUGGUUAUAUUAGCGUGAAAACUACAUCAUUGGCUGAAGAUUGUGCGGUCGCCAAAAUGGCAAAACUCAUCGAAGAGGCUCAAAACAGCAAAUCCAGAACUCAAAGAUUCAUUGACAAAUGUGCAAUGUUCUAUACCCCAGCGGUCCUGGUCAUUUCUGUUUCUAUCGCGGUGAUUCCAGCUGCAUUACAUGUUCACAAUUGGAGCAAGUGGUUUCACUUAGCUUUGGUUGUUUUAGUGAGCGCUUGUCCGUGCGGUCUCAUCCUCUCUACACCCGUUGUGACUUUCUGCACGCUCACAAAAGCGGCAACAUCUGGACUUCUGAUCAAGGGAGGUGACUACAUUGAGAUUCUUGCUAAAGUCAAGAUCAUGGCUUUUGACAAAACUGGUACAAUAACAAGGGGUGAAUUUGUGGUGAUGGAUUUUCAAUCUCUUCGUGAUGACAUUAGCUUGAACACAUUGCUUUACUGGGUUUCAAGCAUUGAGAGGAAGUCAAGUCAUCCAAUGGCAGAUGCGCUGGUUGACUAUGGAAGAUUGUUUUCGGUCGAGCCAAACCCUGAGAAUGUGGAGGAGUUUCAAAAUUUUCCCGGCGAAGGUAUUCAUGGGAAAAUUGAUGGACAAGAUAUCUACAUUGGAAACAGAAAAAUAGCUUUGAGAGCUGCUUGUGAAAUAGUUCCAACAAUUGAAGGUUCGAAAGGUGGGAAGACGAUUGGAUACAUAUACUCUGGGGGAGCCCCUGCUGGAGUCUUUACAAUAUCUGAUGCUUGUCGAUCUGGGGCUGCAGAGGCUGUCAAGGAGCUAAAGAAGUUAGGCAUUAAAACAGCUAUGCUCACAGGAGAUAGUAAUGCUGCCGCAUUGCAUACAAAUGAGCAGCUUAAGCAAGCUCUCGAGGUAGUCCAGGCAGAACUUCUACCUGAAGACAAGGCAAGAAUCAUUAAAGAAUUUAAAAUGGAAGGAAACACAGCAAUGGUUGGAGACGGGAUCAAUGAUGCCGCUGCUUUAGCUACAGCCGAUGUUGGUAUCUCAAUGGGCAUUUCAGGAUCAGCCCUUGCUCAAGAAACUGGGAAUAUAAUUUUACUGUCAAAUGACAUUAGGAAACUACCGAAAGCAGUCCAACUUGCGAGAAGAGCUAAAAGAAAAGUGAUUGAGAAUGUGGCUUUGUCCAUCACUACUAAGGCGAGUAUCCUUGCACUGGGAUUUGCAGGGCAUCCGCUUGUUUGGGCUGCUGUUCUUGCUGAUGUCGGUGUUAGAUUAAACUCAUCAAAAUAUAAGUGAAGAGAUUAAGCUCAUGAACCACAAAUUUAUAUAAGUAUUAAAAUCACAAUUUAAUAAACACAA